UUUGCAUUCCCGGCCACAAAGGCAAAGCUGUCGUUUCAGCUACAGCAGCCGUCACAGCAGGUUGCGCCAGAAGAACGUGAAGGGAGCUCUUAAGGAUCUCUUUGGAAUCCUGGCAUUCUUUAGACUUUUACAAUCAGCACUAAGUCCGUUCUUCUCACUUCUCGGAAUGAUUCUCGCUCUGGUUGCCAGUGUCAUCGUGUCUUCGGUGGCUUCGAACAAGAUUCUGCAUGCGAAAGAGGCGCAAGCCUUACGCAUUCCAGAGUCGCCCUCUGUCGGCGAGAAAAAACCGCAGCAACUCGAGGACUUGCCUCUGUAUCAGCCGACAGUUGCAGACCCACUGGACUUGAUCAAGCAUCCGCCAACGACAGUUUCAGCUCCGUACAUUGAGCCUGUUCCCAUAAACAACGAGUAUAGAAAGGUGUAUAAAGUACGAGGAGACUACGAUAUCAGAAUGAAGGACAUUAAUAAAAGAGCCAAGGAAAGAAAAAAACAAGACGUCCUCGAUAAAAAUUUGCCUGGCGAAGGUGCAACAGACUCGACGAAUUCAACUGCAUCGAAUGAUGAUAAGGAUUCUCGACUUCAGACGCGCCGUAUUCCCGGCUUAAAGCGACCUCCCAGACCACACAGUAGGGAACGAUCUGACGUACGUCGCAGGAACAUCCCGAGGCCUUCAUCGGACUCGGAUCGUCGCCACCGUAGGCGGGAUCCUGGUUAUGAGCCCGAGACGGGGCCACUUCCAAGCACAUCGUCGAGAAGACCCGUGUGGCAACCAGACGACAAUGGUGUGCCGUGGAGCUCACGACGAGGUGCGCGGACGCCCAACAGGCGUCGAGGAGCGGCGGGGCGCAUCACCCCGCCCGCCAAGCCCGCCGAUACGUGGCCCCCAUUCUCGAUUGAACUCAAACAUGGAGUGAAGAUUGUGUCUGAGCCGGGUUCGAGGCCCCAGCAAGAACCGCUUCCGAAGCAUGAAACACCGUCAUUGCUGCCACGAGAGACGUCCGAGGGCACAGGCACACAACAAGGAACGGAUGUCAAGGACGAUCCGAUAUCUCUGCACAUGACGGAAGCGUUUGCCCAAGAACCGCUCAUGCCUUACGAUAAAGUUGUAGAUGAAGACACCACGGAAGCGGUAGAUGUGAGCCGACUCGUUCAAGAGAAUGCCUUUGACUUCAGGCUGCGCGAACUCAAGAAGCAGCAAGAGCUGGCCGAAUCAAAAACGCUUUUGGACGAUGGCGACGAGCCAGACCCGAGCUUAAGUCCUGUAGAAGAAUAUUCGAAAGAAGAACGCGACGAAGAAAACAAUGUGAGCCUGAUUGGGCAACAACCGAUAAUUACUUCGCCUCUGGUGCCCCAGAAGCCAAGCGCUACAGCCGAGGGUGACCAGAUAGUGGAAAUCGAGGACUUGGGCUUCGAGCUCGCACCAAAAAAGAACGCCUCUUCGUCACAGGGACGGCUGUUGGUCCCCAUCGUGGACGAUUCCUUCGAGACGGACGAACUUGCCAAUGCUACAGUGAGCGCGACCAUACAGACUCCACUAGAUAUAGGAGGUGAUGUUAUCGACGAGGAACUCGCCAACCUUACUCUGACAGAUGCCAAGAUGAAGCGCCGCAAGUACUCGAUUGCAUCGCGCAUUCGGCUUGCGAACGAAACACUUUACAACGACUGGUCGAACACCACUAAUUCGUCAGGAGCAAGACUAACCAGGCAGUCUGUAGAGCCGAACCUGGACAUGGAAAAUCGGAACACCUCAAACAAAUUAAUCUCAGGGUCUUUUGUACAAGUUUGGUCUAGAAAAAGCAGAAACAGUCGCAGAGGCAUGGCAAAUGUGAAGUCCACGAACGAUACUCUAAAGGUCAGCAGGACGAAUGGCACAGACGCAAACAGGGCGGUAGUAACUACAAUUACACCGAAAAUAAUUCAAGAUGUGCGCACUACAAAGCUUGUGAUGACAAACGGUACCCGAAAAUUGAGGAGAAAGAAAGUCAUAAGCGUUAACAGGACAGUGCUAACUACAAUACCUAAAAUUAAAAUUCAAGAAGACGGCGCUAAAAGGUUUAUGAUGGCGAACCGUACCAAACAAGUCAAGAGAGAGAAGGUUAAAUGCGGAAACAGGACAGGACUCACUACAAUGCCUCCAGUGAAACUUCGAAGUGUAGGUGCGACAAAGCUUAAGCUGGAGAAUAAUCUUGGCAAAGUCACAAGAAAGAAUGUCACUGGUGAAAAUAACACACUGGUACAUACACGGUCCCGAAUCGAAGCUCAUGGUGCAGGAAGAAGGAAAGGAUGCGACAACUCAAAUACCACUUUGUUAUCAUGGGUAUGGGGAACGCAAGCUACUACGGCAAAAAGUAAGGUCGUCGUACAUCCCAAGGAAACAACAUUUUCGUGGAGCAAUAAUUACUCUGACCCGGUGAUCGAAACAGAAGGUAGCCAUUCGAGCAACUGCACGAUGAUUUUGCCCAAAAAUCACCCGCCCCUUACGCAUCAAGCUGACGCCAGCCACGUCAUCUCGCAAUGGAAAUAUUUCGAAGACAAAGUGCAACCCCUACUGCCAGGCGAGACGACUACUCCUCAAGAACUCCGCAAUACUGUUAUUACACUUAGAAAUUACAUUAUACAGAGCAGUAUUCCACGCUGGAGCAUCGACUCUGACUACUUUCGAAAAGCCGGAGUUCUCACUAGUCUGUUUCCCCAGUCAAAAAGGGGAGUCCCCGUCAAUUUCCUCUUUUACUCUCGCAACAGCUCCAUAACUCCGAUUACGCUGCAGAAUGACGCGAAAUCUCUUCAAGCUGUUUCCCUUUACCCAGACAGCAAACUGCAAGUAAUCUUCCACGACUUUGACCAGGGCGCCUCGGAGCGCUGGGUGAAACAACUCAAGGACGCUCUCUUGAAAGAGGGUAAUUGCAACCACGUUCUGGUUGUGGGCUGGCGUCAAGCUGCGUCUCGAAACUACUGGACCGCCGUGGCCAACUCGCGACCCGUGGGACGCAAGCUAGCGUGCCUGCUGCGGCGGCUGAGAGACGAGCGGGGCCUGCGGCUGAGCAACGUGCACCUUGUGGGGCUCGGACUGGGAGCGCACGUGGCCCGAUACGCCGCCGUCUCGGUCAUCCACAAGCUGUGCGAGAGGGUCGGCCGCGUCACAGGCUUGGAUGUGUCGGCUCCACUCUUUGAAGAAUUUGGAGAGACGUUGAACGCGGCAGCCGCCGAGUACGUGGAUCUCAUUCACACCAGUGCGGACUUCGUUGGCGGCCUUCGAGGACAGAUAGCGGCGACCGGUCACGUGGACUACUACACUUCCGGCGUCUUCUCACCGAAGAGCUGCAUCUUGUCUAGGAAGGAUUUCCGGAGAGACUGCGACCGUGCCCAGAGCGCCGAGCUGUUCGUGAAAUCCGUACGCGACGGGUGCGGCUACCGGUCUACCUCGUGCGAAUUCUGGAGCACCGCUGACACGUGCAGCGGGUGCGGCCCGCGUGGCUGUGGCCACAUAGGCUUCCGCUCACCCAGUGCCAACGGCACGGGUCCCCAGUUUCUUCCCAUGCGCAUGCCAACACUCAACUGCGAAGACAAGCCCGUGGUCGCACGCUGAGCAUUCCGGCCUGAGCGCUAGCGUUGCGUGUGUACUGGCGCAACUUGGCAAACUCUGAGCAAUUCCUUUGGCCUUUUCGGACCAGACAGAAAGUCUCGUUUGCUAUGUAGCAGUGCGCGUUAGUAUUGAGUUGUUGAUACGUGUUCGGAUUAAAUGGUUAAGCCGUUUUGUAAUUUUCA